UUCUAUUUAUCUUUGUAAUUUUAUUUAUAUCAAUAAUUAAUUACUCUAUAUAUUCAUGAUAUAUUUAUAGAAUUCCAAGUCUUAACUAGAUUAAGUUUUACGUAAAUAGUUUGAAGAGCAGCGUGACUGUUUAGAAAUAUGGAUAGGAAUAAUAUGAGAGCUCCCUAUGUGAGCAGCGGCCCGCGCAGCCUCCCGCACCUCGGCAAGCGGCACUCCAACGGGCACUCGCACGCUCACUCCGCCAGACUCAGCCCGCCGGCGCCCUCACACAACAACAACACACAACAGGACGACAUCAUCAACUAUAUAUACGACUCGUGGAACAAGGUGACGCGAGAGCUGGAGCGCGGCGGCGAGGAGGCGCGCUACUACAGCGAGGCGCCGCCGCCCCGCCAGCUCGCCAACUUCCGACCCUUCAACCUCGACGAGUGGUGGGGCCGCCGCCUGCUGCAGGCCAUCAACCGCUCCAAACACCGCUCCUAGUUCCCAGUCCCACCGGGCACGAUGCUUCUGUAAGGAGACAACCGAGAUUUUAUGUAAGGAGUCUUCAGUUAAACCGCUGAAAUUGAAAGACGGUGCACGUUUUUCGAUUUAUCUUUGUAACCGUACUAAAAUAUUUAACGACGUCCCUUCAAUCUCGACGAGUGGUAGAGUCGCCGUCUGCUUCUGGCCAUCGACCGGCAAACACCGGUCCACGUUCCGACCCGAGCUUAAUGGCUGUUCUGAGAGAGACAACCGAGAUUUUAUAACAUCCCUUCAGCGUAAGAUGUCUUUAGUUAAACCGCUGAUAUUCAGAAACGAUACACUUGUUCCAAAUUAAAAUGUAACUGGUCAAAUGCUUACUAAAAUGAUUGCCUGGCAACAAUGUCGGCAGCUUUUAGGUGCCCCCUAAAAGAAAAAUAUGAAAGUAACUUAAACUCUCAUGUUGUUGAACGAUUUUUACCUCGGAGAAGUAGAAAGGGAUGAAAAUUUGCGUGUGGUUUUUCAUCUGGGUAGCGGAAUGUGCAUUUUGUCUUAAGUUUCAUGUGGUAGCAGACUGGCAAUUUCGCAUUUGUCUACAAAGUCAAAGAUUGGUUUUACUUGCUUUAAGUAAUCGCGCAGAUAACGGAGUUACCAUAGACUUACAAAGUCGAAGUUUCGUGGUAGUCAACUUAUAACUGAAAUAAAAUUAGUUCACCAUUUCUCUGAUAACUCCGUCAUCUGUGGUCUUCGAGCAACACCGGGAAGGGAGUCCGUAUUCGCCCUCUGCCGAAGCACAUGUCCAUCUGGGCAUGCACACAACUAGCGUUGUGACUCAUCCGUACAUAAAAAGAGAUCGAGGUUUGCAAGAUUUGUCUUUGACGUGUGUCAUUUUCUAUGUAUUUGUGUCGUCAUUACAGAUUGAAUUUUGUAUGUAGUGAGUGAGAAGUGCGACUGUGUGCACGUUUCCCUGCGCAAAAAAUGGCAGAACGAUUUGUACGGUGAGAUAUCGCUUGGGCUCCCUUCCGACGUGUCGGAAGCCGGUGUUGCUCGAAGUCUGUGGUAGUUGUUACGUGGUUGGGUGACAAAUAAAGUCUUGUUGCCGCUCGUUAUGAUGUCAAAGACAUGUUCUAAUUUCAAAUUCAAGAUAUUUUAAUCAGCUUAAUUGCUCUGCAAUCCUGGAUUUGAUUGUGUAAAGUCUAUCUAGAUUAGGAUUGUUUUCAGAUCUAUUGAGGUUUAAAUUAGAUUUGGUUUGAAUCUGAAUCGUUGAAUCUCACAGACUGCAUAUGUUAGAGUCAGACCAAGAAAAGUCUGCAACGAUUUUGAUAGCACGCGCAGUGUGUGUGCUACCAAAAUCGUUGCAGACUUUUCUUGGUCUACCUUUAACAUAUAUAACGAAGAAGUUCGUUUAAUUGACUUAACAUUUUCAAGUUUAGACGUUUAGGCUAUUAUAUUUAAAGUUGUAUAUUAGUUAUUACACUUUUUUAUACAAUUUGGGAAUUUUCACGUUAUUUCUACUUAGAAUCACGAGCUCUUUUGAUCCUAAUAGGUGAAAAAAGUGUCCGACAAUUUCCAUAUUUUUUUAUUUUUGUCCAUUUCGUUACUGCCUUAAAGCCUCACAUGCAUGAAAAAUGGUAACAGAAUGGAAAUAAUCUAGAGACACUUUUUUUCUCCUAUUAGGAUCGAUAGAGCUCGAGCUCGAUCGAUCCUCACCAGAUUCUGAGUAGAAUAACAUAAAAAAUCAGAAUUAAAAAAAAUAAAAGGUGUAGUGUACAACAUGAAAUGGCCCGUUUAUGUUCCUAUCCCAAAAUCUGCAUUAAAAUAUAGACGCAACGAGAUUUUAUUUAUUACCAACAAUUGUUUUAUAUACGCCUAUAUUUUAGUUUCCCUUGCUUGGUUUUAACGUUUUCCUAAGUUUAAAUUGCAUUUAAUUGAAAUAAUUAUAAUACCUUCUAUUACAUCUAAAAUAUAUGAAGUUCGAGGUCAAAAUAUAUUAUAAAUCUUAUACAAUAAAAGCAAUAAUAUUAGUUUACCAGAAGUAGGGAACCUGUAUUUUUAAGACACUGUAAAUAUUUUAGCAUGAAUUUCAAUUUUAUUUAUAUUUAAGUGAAUAGUGUGACCGUUAGAACCAGCUAGUGUGUUUUUAAUUUUGACUCUGCUUGUAGUGAAAACUAGGAUUUCAUGUGAAUAGCUCUACCAUCAAAUUAUAGACCUAUUUGACUUGACAUAGUGACAGGUGACAUUGCUAAUUAUUACUAUGUAUUUCUGGCUUUCCAUUAAAGAAGGUUUAUGCUUCAUGUGCCUAAGGAGGUUUCCAUCAGAUAUAGGUCUAGGAUGUGCAAAUGGAACAUAAGGACUCUUCUCUGAUGGAAAGUCACAUAUACUGUAUGACAAACAGAAUAACUUGCAUCUUAAAUUGCACAAUAGUAGCGAUAUAACAGGCUGUCCGCAUCAAAAGGUACCUACAUUACCCAGUUGCUUAUUAUAAGAUACCUUUUGAUAUCGAAAGACACUUAUAGGCAUACAUAUUAUGUUCUUUGUCACUUUCACGAGUUGAAUAUGGCUAAUAUUUGUGCUCAAAAUCUGUAACUUGACACAGUUUUCAAUAUCCUUGAUAUUUAAAAUGAUGACUAAGAGAAAAUAAUUAGUAUAUUUAAAUACCUACAUAAAGAAUUAGGCAGAGGUCCCCAAUCAUAUUGUUUUAUUUUUAAAGUUAUUAUAUUUAUCAGUAUGUACUGAAUUUCGCACCUCCCUUAAGGGCGCGACCCAAUGUUUGGAAAUAGAAUAAUGGUGGAUCAACUUUUUUGUGUUAUUGUCUCGUUGUCCAAGGGACAAUAUUGGUACAGAUUUUUAGAAGAAAUGUAUCACGUUAUAGGGACUGUGCGCGUUGGAGGGUCUGCCAUCUUAUGGCGCCAGCCUCGUAAGGUGAAGAUGCCGGUUUGUUCCCGGUCCCGGCCACCACAGAGCUUGAUCACUUUACCAUAAAAUCAGGGCUUUAAAAGCCAUACCAGACGGGCGUACCGGACCGUGACCUUGGUCCGCCGUACGUCCGUUAAGGACGCAGCUAUAAGUAAGUGUGAGAACGAGAUAUGCGGACCGGUUCAAGGUCGCGGUCCGGUACGCCCGUCUGUUACAGCUUUAAACACGAAAAAGUUGAUUCACGACCCUAGAACGCUAUUGACCUAUGCAAUGUUUUUACUAUACGCGGACUAAUGAAUUUCUGAAUUAUAAUUAUGAUAUACAAUAACGUUGACAUUCCAUACAUGCCUGUACUUAGACUUCGAAUGUUGUAAAUAGGUUUAAGUCACACAGUGCUGCCAGAUUAUGGAUUUGAAUAAAAUGUUUUUACUAUG